UUGGGCUUGUUCGUCACGGACUCGUUCACAACUCACGGUCCUCCAUGCCUGGGCCGUGGUUCUUAUGGCGCUUCGUCACAAGCGGUGCAAAACUCUCUAACUUCCUCCAAGUGCUCAUCUUCCUCCCGCUCACGCUCUCCACACUCUCCAAAUCCGCAUUCCUCCUGCUGUCACUCCUGAUUUUCCUCCAAUCCCUCAUCCAUGGCACCCUUCAAUUCUUCUGGGGGUCAUCUGUCCUUGCCGUCAUGCAAUUCCCCGUCCAACCAUUCCUCCUCCUUGUCUGCUUCAACGUAUUUUCAGAAUCCGUGAGCCCAUGGCUCCUCACGGCCGCGACGUACUGGGGUCGGCUCCUAUAUCUGUCCAGUCCACUAUUCAUCAUUCUUGAAGGGAUGUCGAGUUUGCUCGUGGUGCAAAAGAUGGGUCAGGUUGGUAGAGACUUGGUGGGCGAAGGAGAGGCAUACCAGUUUGGGCUGCUCAUUGCGUCUGCAAUGACCUAUGUGGCUGCUGCAUGGUGGAUUGUCGUGGCAUAUCCAGCGGCUGCCAUGUCACCACUAUCCUCCACUCUGCUCGGUGUGGCCCUGACCGCUUUCCUCUUCCUCACAUUCAUCGGAUUCGCCCUCCGGCGCACCAAUGUCAUUGAAUCGUCCGGACUUGCUCUCUUCAUCGCUUACAAUGUGUGGCUCUGUGGAUUCGACCAGCAUUCGUUCUCGGACCCGGCAUCAUCCUACGCGCCACUCCUGGGAAAUAUAAUGCCACAUCUUCAAACCCUGGUCAACUUCAUCACCAAUACGCUACCGAAGCCUCUGUUGGUCGCGUUGGUGUACAGGCUUUUUGUGUUGUUGUGUGCGGCGAGGAUAUUGCCUACAAUAGGAGCGGAUAGCUGGGAGACUGAGUAUGGAGUCGAUGAAGGUUGGGACGGCCGACCGACAUCGAAACUGGCGCAUGUGUUUCUAACAUAUCGACAGUCCAUUCUGGUGACUGUGUAUUCUCAUCUUCUCCUCCUCGACCAUUCAUCCCAGAUUUGGUGGCGCUGGAUGAAUAUUUUUUUCACUAUAAUUGCGUGGAGUGUUGAGCUUCUCGUCAGCCCAGAUGACGACGACAUCGCGAAGGAGUGGAAGGUCGACUAAUUUCGGACGGGGGCCACUCGGGGCGGUAGAUGUGCUAUUACUAUUAGGACCUUACACCGAUUCAUGGGGCGUUUUCUCGGACAAUUCACGUAUCUUAGUAACUAUACGUGUCAACAAUAAUCGAAUGACACGUAGCAAGUCCACUAUUGUCGGCUUGCAUACACAAUUAUAUAUCU